AUGCAAUGCAGCUCAUGUCUCCUCCGCAUGCGUCAUGCAUCCGCCGUUGCAACCCCAAUAUGAAAGACUCGGCCUGCGGGAACCAUCUCUUGAAGCUUCUGUUAGGUUUCCUGUGAUCAUGAGUGGCAUAAGCAGUAGUUACCCCUUCACUCCAUCUCAAUGGCAGGAGCUGGAGCAGCAGAGACUCUUCUACAGAUACAUGGUCUCGGGCAUCCCCAACCCUUGGGAUCUCAGCCUUCGGAUCAGGAGGAGCUUCUUGUUGGAACCCACCACCAUGAUCUCACCAACAGUAGCCUACCCUCCCCACCUUCACUUGUGUUGGGGCAGAGUUCGACUGGGCGUUGGCAGGGAAGGAGAGGAUACAGAACCAGGGAGGUGCAGAAGAACAGAUGGGAAGAAGUGGAGGUGCUCUAAGGAGGCCUUCCCAGGCUCCAAGUACUGUGAGAAGCACAUGCACAGAGGCAAGAACCGUUCAAGAAAGCCUGUCGAGAUGUCUUUGGCCAACAACCUCUCCACCACUGCCCAGCCGCCUUCCUCCUUCUCCUCCACCACCACCAAAUCCUCCACCUCCAAUACCCCCUGUCAUCACCACCCUUAUCAUCUCCCUGUCCCAGCACCAGAAGUUUUCAGUUUCCUGACGUGUCCCUCUUCAAAAUCUCAGCAUAACACACCAACCUACAACUCAGCUGACAAUGCCUACAGGUACCAGCACGGAAUGAAGAGCGUUGAUGAACACUUCUCAGAAGCUGCAGGAGGUGAAAGGAAGAAUUCUUCGCGAUUUAGGCCGCUGGGAAUGAAUUCUUUGGUUGGAAAAGGACAUAUGGCCUUCGUUCCUCAGCAAAGCACUUCCUCCCACUCCAGAAUAGAUCUUCCAAGGGAAGAAAAACCACAACAUUGCUUCGUUUUGGGUACUGACCUCAAGCUGGAGAAACCUGCGACAGUGGAGGCCAAACAGAAGCCCCUUCUCCAUUUCUUGGAUGAGCGGCCUACGACGAGCAACACCUUGUGCUUGGAUUCCAAGGCAGAUCAUUCCAAGACCCAGCUUUCCAUCUCCAUCCCAGUGGCCUAUCAUGACUUCCCGGCCUUCAAAUCUGGAUUCAACAGAGAAUGGACCUGAUAGCCCCUCGUCCUGCAAGUUGGGUAUCUCAAGAGCUCAUCAAAGCACCAUCUUUCUUGUGUUCGAUCACUGUUUCGUGUUUGAUCCAUAAAUAUUAAUUACUACGGCGUCUUUGGUUUGUCUACAAUGUAUCCUU